AAAACAAAAAAGUGUGUGUCUUCUCUCUCUCUUUUUUUUUUUAAUUUUUUUUUACACUUAUCACCAUCAUCAAAGGGAGACACUAGCACAAAGCGGUCAACGAAACCAGAAAAAAAAAAGGUUAACUCAAUUGAGAUUUAAAACCCUAGCCCUAGCUUUGAAAUGCAGAAACAACCACCGCACACGGCGGAUUCCGAUAUCCCAAACCUCGCGAACAUCAAGGUGAAAUGUUCAUCACCGCGUUUUCCACCACCUACCACUCCAUCCGCCACAGAGACCCCCACCGCCGGGGCACAACGCAAAAUUGGAAUCGCCGUUGAUCUCAGUGACGAAUCCGCCUUCGCCGUUAAAUGGGCCGUCCACCACUACCUCCGUCCCGGUGACGCCGUUAUCCUUCUUCACGUUCGCCCUACCUCCGUCCUCUACGGUGCUGAUUGGGGUUCUGUUGAUCUCUCCAUUAUCGAUCCCGAUAACGAAGAGUCUCACCGGAAGCUUGAAGAUGAUUUUGAUAAUUUUACUGCCACUAAAUCUUCUGCUUUGGCCCAGCCGCUUGUUGAUGCACAAAUUCCGUACAAAAUUCAUAUUGUGAAAGAUCAUGAUAUGAAAGAGAGGCUUUGUCUUGAGGUUGAGAGGCUAGGAUUGAGUGCAGUUAUUAUGGGUAGUCGAGGAUUUGGGGCAACGAAGAGAGGAAAUGAUGGGAGGCUUGGAAGUGUUAGUGAUUACUGUGUUAGGCAUUGUGUUUGUCCUGUUGUAGUUGUGAGGUAUCCUGAUGAGAAGGAUGGUGGAAAUGCUGCUCGUCAGCCGGUAGUUUCUGUGGCGUCUGCGGCAAAAGAAAAUGAGGAGGAAACCGAGUAUCAUGAUGCUUCUGAUGAUCGCCAAGCAGGAUCGCAACCAGCCAUAGGAAAAGGCUCGAAAAAGGAUAAUUGACUUAAGGUUGUUUAAGAAGUCCUUUGAAGAGGCAAUAAGCGAAAGAUUCCGAGCGGAAGUUGCGGUGAACAUUCCUUUUGCUGCACAAAAUUUGAGCGACUUGUGAGAACCACUUGGUCUUUUGUUAUAUCUGGAGUCAUCUUCUGUAACUGAAUUGUGGUUGCUCCUCUCUCUCAUCUUCACCUUGUCACAGUUGGCUAGAUGAUCUUGUCAUCUUCUCUUGAGGUUGUCGUCUUCGUACGGUUUCACUUAAUGUGUGCCUUUUUCUCAUUAAUGACUUUCUUGUGAAAUCUAAACUACUUUAACUUUUAAGACUUAAUUUCUAUGUUCCUGUUAUUAGCACGUCCUCAAGCUUAGUUAGAUAUGCAUUAAAAAUUUCUUGUUCGUAUUGAUAUAGUCUUAUGGUAGUCCCACUUAUACUUUUAUCUA